AUGAGAUAUUCCAUUAAACGCGAAAAUAUCACUUUUGCAUGCAAUGACUCAAUGUCUUUCUUUGAUGUAUUGAAGAGGGGAGAUGAGUUUUUAUCAGAAUACCCCCGAACGAAUCCGUUGUGGAACUAUGCCUCGCAUGCAACGUGCCUAUUUAUGAUUACAGGGACCAAGCUCAUCUUGAAUACCCUUUAUAAACCAUUUGUUCAUAAUAUAGAAAUUUUAGAUAAUGCAUUGGAUAAAGCAAGAAAAGAGAAAAGAGGGUUGCUAACCGUAAUGAACCACAUGUCUGUAAUCGAUGACCCGGCUUUUUACGCUGCGUUGCCGUGGAGAUACCAUUUGGACAUUGAUACUAUUCGAUGGGGGUUUGGUGCACAUAAUAUAUGUUUUUCAACUACUAUUCAAAGUUGGUUUUUCAACUUGGGAAAGAUCUUGGGAACCAAGAGAUUUGGCGUGGGACCAAUUCAAGGGUCUAUCGAUGCUGCAAUUAGAAUAUUGAGCCCCGAUGACACAUUAGAUUUAGAGUUCACACCGGGUGUUAAAGAGGAGUCUAAGCCGAUUUUUUUACAAACAGUUAACAAUAUCCAAGAUAGAUCAAAUAGCGAGAUGGUGAAAUUCUUCAAGCCAACUCCGGAAUCUACAAAUGUUUUGAUGUCGAAAAACCCAUUUAUACGAUCAAAAACAUCCUGGUUCCAUGUGUUUCCAGAGGGAUUUGUGUUGCAGUUGCAUGCACCACAUAAUAAUUCAAUGAGAUACUUCAAGUGGGGUGUAUCAAGGUUAAUUUUAGAGUCUACUAGAGCUCCUGUGAUUGUACCGAUUUUCACUUAUGGAUUUGAGAAAAUCGCCCCCGAGGAUAGUGCAGAAGAGGGUAUCAAGAGAUGGCUUCCCGACAACAUUGGAGCAGAGAUCCAUAUCACCAUUGGCGAACAAAUUCCUGAUUCGAAGAUUGAGCAAUAUCGCAAAGAGUGGAGAAAUUUGGUGCGAAAAUAUAUCGAUAAAUCUAAUCCAACUGAUUUAUCUCUAGAGUUAAAACUGGGCAAGGAAGUUCAACAACUACGCAGUUCUUUAGCAGCAUUUAUUCGUGAAAAAGUCUUGGAAAUACGUAAUUCAAUACCGUUUUUAGAACCAGAAGAUCCUCGUUUUAAAGAUCCAAAUUUCUGGAAAGUUUUUACAAAUACAGAAGGAAUGAGCGAUAAAGACGUCAAGUUCAUUGGCAAGAAUUGGGCAAUCAAAAGACUACAAUCACAUUUACCUGAGUUCAACUCAAACGAAUGCGAAUGCGAAAGCGAGAAAUAA